CACAAUGCAUUUGGGGCGUCACGUGACCAGGUGCAACAUUAGCAGCACGUAAACACGCAUGUUUGUCUCGUAGUUGUUUUAUUUAACUAUUUAAUCGUUCGCUGUUUAAAUAAUUAAGCGAAUAGACGUUCAAUAAAGACUUUAUAAAAGCGUUAUGAAGGUGAAAGUGCUUUCUCGGAACCCGGAUGAUUAUGUUCGAGAAACUUCUAAAGAUAUACAACGUGUUCCCAGGAAUUAUGAUCCUACUCUUCAUCCCUUUGAGGUGCCCAGGGAGUACACACGAGCCCUGAAUGCCACUAAACUCGAUCGGAUAUUUGCGAAGCCUUUCGUGGCGUCACUGGAUGGCCACAGAGAUGGCAUCAACUGCAUUGCCAAGCAUGCCAAGAGUAUCUCUACUUUGUUGUCUGGAGCUUGCGAUGGACAGGUAAAAAUUUGGAACCUGAGCAAGCGGGAAUGUCUGCGGACGAUCCAAGCUCACGAAGGCUUCGUCAGAGGAAUGUGUUCGCGCUUCUGUGGAACUUCGUUUUUCACGGUAGGGGAUGAUAAGACCAUUAAGCAAUGGAACAUGGAGGCUCCUGGUUAUGGGGUGCGUGAGGUACCAUUGGCCACUAUACUUGGGAAGGCUGUGUUCACGGGCAUUGACCAUCACCAGACUGAAGGCACUUUUGCAACAUGUGGCCAGACUGUGGACAUCUGGGACGAACAGAGGAGCAGCCCCAUUCGCUCCUUCAGCUGGGGGGUGGACAGCUUCAGCUGUGUUCGCUAUAACCCUGUAGAGACAGAACUCCUUGCCAGCUGUGCCUCAGACAGAAGUAUCAUACUGUACGACAUGAGAGAGUCGGCUCCACUGAAAAAGGUUGUAAUGCAGUUGCGAAGUAACACACUUUGCUGGAACCCCAUGGAGGCGUAUAAUUUCACAUGCGCCAACGAGGACUAUAAUCUGUACACCUAUGACAUGAGGCGUCUGGACACACCACGUACCGUGCACAUGGACCAUGUAUCUGCUGUGCUGGACGUUGAUUACUCGCCCACGGGGACAGAGUUUGUGUCAGCUAGUUUUGACAAGACGGUUCGCAUCUUUCCCAAACACAGUGGUCACAGCAGGGAGGUGUAUCACACCAAGCGCAUGCAGCACGUCAUCUGUGUGAGAUGGUCACUGGACAACAAAUACAUCCUGAGCGGCUCAGACGAGAUGAACAUCCGCAUCUGGAAGGCCAACGCCUCGGAGAAACUCGGAGUGCUCACAUCUAGAGAGAAGGCCACCAUUUACUACAACCAGAAGCUGAAGGAGAAGUUCCAACACCACCCGCAAGUGAAGCGCAUCGCUCGCCAUCGCCAUCUGCCCAGAGACAUCUACAAACAGAAACGGGAGAUGCUGGAGAUGAAGGAGGCAAGACGCAGGAAGGAACAAAACGUACGCAAACACAGCAAGCCAGGCUCCGUUCCCUUGGUGACCGAGAAGGAGAAACAUGUGGUGACUGUAGUGGAAUAACACGUCACUGCCUAGAGGAGCUUCAAUCACACACACAUACAGACAUUCAUAUAUAAAGAGAUUAGCAAACCCCAAACAGCUCUGCUGAGUUGCCAUUCUGAGACAUUUUCAGUAAUUACAGCUGCUUCAGUGAGUCUACAUUUGUGGUAGACGCUGUCAGGAUCAGCUGCAGCGGUCAUGCAUGAUAUUCAUCAGAAUAUGAUCAGGAAUUCUUUAUAGAUCUUUACUGAUCUAUAUCAUUAUUUUUAUUAUUGAACAUAUUUAUGUUUUCCUCUCAGCAUGAAUUUAUGCUCACAUGUAAUAAAAUGUUGACUAUGUAAUAA